AUGCACUAUAAAAGAUUCUUGCAAUUAUUUGGAAUAUUUUUUGUAAUUAUAGGAGAAUGCACAUCAGAUUACUGUGAUAGAACUAAACUUUGUCUCAGUCAAGGAGAUCAUAUUGCAUGUGGUAAUGAUGGUAGUUUUUCAUCAAAUUGUAAAGGAAAAUGUGAAUUAGUUGAUAUGGCACCAUAUCAAAGCGAUAUUCUACAUUAUCACAAUAGCUAUCGCAAUGAUAUAGCUGGUGGAAAUCUAAAAUGUUUUCCACCUGCAGCACGUAUGCCUGUUGUGAAGUGGGAUCCGGAAUUAUCAUAUAUUGCAGGGUUUAAUGUGAAAACUUGUGUAUUUGCACAUGACAAUUGUCGUAGUACUUACAAUUAUACUUAUAGUGGACAAAAUAUAUUUUAUAUACUAACAACACGUCUUACUUUGCUAGUGGGUGACAUGAUAGCGAACGCUAUAGAUUUGUGGUAUAAUGAAUAUUUUUAUGCUGACUAUAAACUUUUAAUGAAAUAUAACAAAACCACUCCACAAACUGGUCAUUUCACUACACUCGUCUGUGAUCGUCAGGUAGCGGUAGGCUGUGCUUGUCUUAAAAGUGUAUACGUAGAUACCAAUAAUCGUACUAAAUUAUUUUAUAUAUUCACUUGCAAUUAUGCUUCCACAAAUAUACGCAACUAUGCGACUUAUCAAUUUGGAGAACCGGGUUCAAUGUGUAAAAUGCCCAGUAGCACAUAUCCGAAUUUGUGUGAUGAUAAUGAUAUUGACGCUAAUAAUUUCAGGUGGUAUUCAUUCUAAAUGAUAUAUGUGUAUGUAUAUAGAUUAUUUUAUUUUAUUUAAAACACUUAUUAUAUUGUAUUAUUAUUAUUCGGU